AUGCUUACCGACUUGCAACACAAACCCCAGAGCGGCCGCAGCGUAAAACCAGCCCUGGCUUCUUCUUGCGAUCCCUUUGUUCAAGGACAGAUUCGCGAUGUCAAGCUCGGCCAGGUAUUCCUUCUCAUCGAGAAUCCGCCGGCCUUUCCCGGCCACCCAGGCACCGGUCUGGAGCGCGUCAUGCAGGGUCCCGAUCCUGCGCACGCGCUGCUGGGUCUGCGGGUCUACGUCCUCCCACACCACAACCUCGAGAACUCGCGGCCGUCCAAGGACCCUGGACACGCCCCCAUCGUUGAAGAGCUCAGCUGUGCUCUCCGAGACGCAGGACAGGAGUUCGUUUUCUGCCUCGCCGGGGCCUUCCUGCGCCCGGCCCACAAACGCUUUCAAGGAGGCGUUCCCGCAGACACGGAUGACGGCGAUCACGGCCGUGAGGAUGCCCAGGGGAGAGACCGCGAAGAUGAAGCUGUCCAGGAUGCUGAUCGACUCGGAGAGGUAUUGUUUGCUCAACCGAUCGCCGAAGAGGGAGAUCAAUGGCGCCUGGAUAGAGACCGGUUACUUGACUAUAUGGUUGCCGUGGUGGUGGGCGUCUCUCAUACGUACCAGGAACCACAUGUGGCUGUCCCGGCCCUGUAG